AACAGACCGCCGUCGUCGUCAUCACCGACGCUAUCGCCGCCGUCGUGUACAGAGCCGUUGUUUGUAGAUUCCCCUCUAACCAAAUACACUCACGACGUUGUCAUACCUACCAGCUCAUCAAACCGAAAAUUUACUACAGUGUUUGUUUUUUCAAUCGCGUUUUGUUUGAUAAUACACUCUGUCCGCUUUUUUGCCGUGCGUGAAUGUGUACCGCCGCCCCCGAGCUCACCGUCGUCGUGUCCGACCUGUUGCCAACGUGUUCGGCGUACGAUUUUUAACCGCCACCGCCGCCGCCGUCGUGUCGACUGUCGGAUAUAUUUUUUAAAUUAUUAUUAAUUUUUUUUUACAUAGUGCUAUAUUAUACCUAACUACGCGUGAACGUGCGAUGUGCUCCGAACAGUGAACGAUGACAAUGCUAUCGCAAAAACUGUUGUAUUCCGACACGGCGGCCGCGGCCGCGGCCGCAGCAGCUGCAGCCGCCGCCGCCAUGUACAACUCGUCGGCCGCCGCCGCGGCGGCCGGAAGCGGUGGCAGCAGCGGCGCGGGCGGACAGCCGGGCUCGGCCAUGUCGACGCCGUCGUUGUGCUCGCCGCCGCCGCACCAACAGCAACAGCAGCACAACCAGUCCGUGUUCGCCGGCAGCAACAUGAUGACCGCGGCCGCGCUGUCCUCCGGCAAUUGCAUGUCCACCAUGCAGCAACAGUACGGCGGCGGCGGCGGUGGCGGCGGCAUGAGCUCGGCCAUGUCGGCGGGAUCGUCGUCGUACGCCGGCCUGAACAGCUCGUCGCCCGUGGUGGGCCCGGGCUCGGCCGAUCCGGCCAACGCGCUGCAGCGGGUCCGCGCCGACAAGACCUACCGGCGAAACUAUACUCACGCCAAACCGCCUUACUCGUACAUAUCGCUGAUAACGAUGGCCAUACAGAAUUCGCCGGUGAAAAUGCUCACACUGUCCGAAAUCUAUCAGUUCAUCAUGGAUCUGUUCCCGUUCUACCGGCAGAACCAACAGCGGUGGCAGAACUCGAUCCGGCAUUCGCUGUCGUUCAACGACUGUUUCGUCAAGGUGCCGCGGACGCCGGACAAGCCGGGUAAGGGGUCGUUCUGGACGCUGCACCCGGACUCGGGCAACAUGUUCGAGAACGGAUGUUACCUGCGCCGGCAGAAGCGGUUCAAGGACGACAAGAAAGAACUGAUCAGGCAACACAGUGGCGGCAGCGGCGGGGACGGGCAUCACUCCAAGAGCUCGUCGCCAAUGCACCACGGCAGCAGUGGACAACUCGAGGACAAGAAGCCCGCCAUAGACCAUCACCACAACAAGCUGAGCGGCCUGAUGAGCACCGCCGCCGACCUGGGCUUCGGAGCCGUAAUGCACGGCCACAAGCACGGUCACCUGCACCACGACCACCACCACCAUCAUCACGACGACCCGUCCAUCAUAGGUACGCUGCUGCAACACCACCAUCACCACCACGGCCAUCACCAGCAACAGCAUCAAUCUCAACAACACCAGCAGCAGAGCCCGGCCGACAUAUACGCCGCGGUGGCCGCCCAUCACCAUCAACAGCAGCACGGCCACCACCAACAACAGUUGCAGCAACAGCAGCUGCAGCAACAGCAGGACCAAGAGCUCAGCGUGAUGGCCCGGUGCCACUCGACUUCGUCGCACCACUACACAGCGGCCGCCGCGGCCGCGGCCGCGGCCCACCUGAAAUCGUCGUCGGCCGCAGCCGCCGCUGAGUUCGCCGCGUCCAGCCACCCGUUCUCCAUCACCAGGCUGUUGCCGCCGCCAGCGGCCGCCGCGUCGGCCGGCGACGGCGGCGGCAAACCGUCCUCGGCCGCGGCCACGGCCGCCGAGAAGAUGUACGAGAUGGCCGCCGCGUCCCAGUACGGCGGCGGCGGCGGCGUCGGCGGCUACAACGACUAUUACCAGCAGCACCAUCACCACCAUCAGGGCUCGUUGUACCAUCACACGCCGUCGUCGGCCGCCUCCAGCUUGUGACAUCAAUAUCCGCUCGCUUGAGGGGAUCGGCAGAGCUUGAGGCGUCCACUCCACGGCGAACACCGCCGCCACCGCUACUAUGGAGGCUUGACGCCAUACUAGUGUAAUUAUUUGUUUUUUUUAAUUUUUUUUGGUCGUUUUUUGAGUUAAAUUUUUUAAUUUCCAAAUGCAAAUUUGAUGUCGCAGUGAGUACCUACUGACAAAACUAUAUAUAUAUAUAUAUAUAUAUAUAUUAUGUUUAAUACAACUGUGGUAAAAUGGUAAUGAUUUUAUAUUAAUUAAAAAAUAGACCAUUAUAACUUUUAUGACUUUGAAAAAAAAUUGUUCCAUAACAUACAAUAAUAUGCCAAAAGAGAUGAUUUUGGCCAAAAUUGCCAACUAUUUUUUAUCAUUUCAUCACAGAAUUGUACAAAUUAUGUUAUCAAUAAUUAAUAUACCUAAUAUUAGGUAGAUAUUAAUUACCAAUACACCAUCCUAUCUCAAAAAUAGAUAAAACAAACAAAAUAAUUGUUGUACUGUACAUUAUUAUUAUUAUUAAUUUAUUUUAAAUUUAUUAUUUAAUUAAUAAUAAAGCGCUGUCGAUGUUAAUAGUUUUCAAAUAUGGUCCGUUGGCGGCGACGGUUUAUUACAAUAAUUAUUAACUAUAAUAAUAUAUAGUAAAAAUAAUAUCAUAUAUUAUUUUUUAAGUAGAUAGAUACAAUUUUAUUAUUAUUAAUUAAUUAUUAUACCUACAUUUUUCUUGAUCACCGUUCCAUUUUUUUUGUUUUUUUUAUAUAUAAAACAGCUAUUUUCAAAAAGAAAAUAUUGGUUAGGUAUAGGUAAUAGGUAUAUAACCACCACCUAUACACGUUAUUGUUUUAUAAAACCGAUUUUAGCAUCGAAUCUCCUAUUAUAUAAUACCUAAUAUGUCUAUAAUAAUAAUUUAAUAUUAUUGUAAUAUCGCAUAUUUAUCUAUACCUCUAUUAUUCAGUUUUGAAAAAAAGUUUUUUUUUUUUUAAAAAGUGUGAAGCAAUCUCUGUCUUAUUUAUAUUUUAUUAUUAUAAUACCUUUAUAAACCGCGUAAAAGAGUAGUGAU